UUCGCCAAACUCUACAAGGGCCCCUCUAGAGUUUGAACCUUCUUCCCAGGGUCCCUUGCAACUCUUUCCCAGUCUCCUUUGCCAGCUUGUCCAACCUUCUUUCCAUUUGCUUAUAGUCCAGACCAAGUUCCCCGGGUGCACCGCGCGCUGCACGGGGCGCGAAGCAGAGGUGGCGGGAAAGGAGAGUGAAGAGAGAAGCAAGUUUAAGUCAACUCAAGGGUGCAUUUCCAAGUUGGCCACCCCUUGGUAACAAGUACAACUGAUUGCUUGACCUAAAGCUGUCUCCCAGGAGGAUGUAUAAAGUACUGCAUCCAGGACAAUACACCAAGAGAAUUUACCCCUCAGCUUCUGUAUUGUCAUUGGAGAAAGAUUUGUCUCAUGGUACAUUAACUCCCUGGAGCAUCCAAAUUGUGUGUAGAUGGAGUCCCUUUGUGUUGUCCUGGGCUCAAGUGAUCCACCUGCCUUAACCUCCUGAGGAGCUGGAACUGCAGGUGUACACCACACAGUCAGCUACAAUGUGAAGAUUUGAUAUACAUUGUGAAGUGAUUACAAGUAAUCAAGAAGCUAACCAGAAUCAACAUGUCUGCGACCGAGGAAACAAAUCAUGGAGGGCAUGACAGCCAUCUUCCUGUUGGUGGCAACUCUGUAUUGUGCUUUGGACAGUGCCAGUACACAGCAGAAGAGUACCAGGCCAUCCAGAGUGCUCUGAGGCAGAGGCUGGGCCCGGAAUACAUAAGUAGCCGCAUGGCUGGAGGAGGCCAGAAGGUGUGUUACAUUGAAGGUCACAAGGUAAUUAGUCUGGCCAAUGAAAUGUUUGGUUACAAUGGCUGGGCGCACUCCAUCACACAGCAGAAUGUGGAUUUUGUUGACCUCAACAAUGGCAAGUUCUACGUGGGAGUCUGUGCAUUUGUGAGGGUGCAGUUAAAGGAUGGUUCAUAUCAUGAAGAUGUGGGUUAUGGUGUUAGUGAGGGCCUCAAGUCAAAGGCCUUGUCUUUGGAGAAGGCCAGGAAAGAGGCAGUGACGGAUGGGCUAAAGCGAGCACUCAGGAGUUUUGGGAAUGCGCUUGGAAAUUGUAUUCUGGACAAAGACUAUCUGAGGUCAUUAAAUAAGCUUCCACGCCAGUUGCCUCAUGAAAUGGAUUUAACUAAAGCAAAGAGACAAGAUUUUGAACCAUCUGUGGAACAGGCAAGAUAUAACAGCUGUCUACUGAAUAGGGCUGUGGGACCUUCAAAACCACAGAAGGUGACCUCUCCAUGCAGACCAAGCCACUUGGAUGAUCCCCACAUUGUGCUCCAGGGGGACAAGGCCAGCAGUUCCCGAUGCAGAAGCCCGACACCCUGCACCGCGGAGAGUGAUGCCACAUACCAGCGGAAGCUCCGGCAGCAGCAGCUGCAGCGGCAGUUCCGGGAGCAAAUGGAGAAGCAGCCACGUGCUCAGAUGCCUGCUCCAGAGGUUGAGAAGAGGAGUGAGGCAGCACUUCCUGCCCGCCCUUUGACGCACAGCACCCCUAUAACUGACACAGAGCCACUCAAGGAGAAAGUUUUCCUUGCAGAGAACCUUGAAGACAAUCUUGAAAUGUGGGAUCUGACUCCAGAUUUAGAGGACAUUGUCAAGCCCUUAUCUAGACCAGAUCCACCCCAGACCUCUGCCACCCGAGUCCUGAACAAUCAGGACAGGAUGCCACACAGCGAUCUUCACCAGAAGCCACAAGAAAAAUCUGGAUUCUGGCACCCAGAGACUUACAGCACUAACCAGCAUGUAACACGUAGCAGUGCGAUGUGUUUAGGAAACUCUGAAUCUCAUAGGAAGAGCCAGGACAUGAAGAAAAGGAAAUUGGAUCCAUCUUAAAUGACUCAGGACCUACUUGGACUGUGACAAAGGGACUUUGGAAAACUGCUUUUUGGUCUUGAAAUUAUUCGUCAUUCCUGGGGAAUGAACUUGAUUUCCAAGGAUUACCUUGAUUCAUUUUGAACCUUUUCAGAGGACUUGACUGUUAAGCCUACUACAGAGAAAGAUGAGCACUUUGAAAAAGUCUGUCACGUGCUGCAGUAGGGAGGCCAAGGACAGAUGAAAUACCCGUCUUUUGACUCUUCAGGCUUUUUCCUCUUUACUCCUAAGCUAUUUAAUGUUAAUAAAGGUAGACAUUUUAGGACUCGCUAA